AUGUCUGAAACAACUGAGACCACAAAGUUCCCUCUCUUGAGUGAGGACAGCUAUGAGAUAGAGGCAGCAGUGUGGCUGGAGGUGGAAAAGGCCAAGCACUUGACAACCGAGAUGGCAAAAGCGGCAGUAAAGGGCCCCAAUGAGGUGAUGUCAGCAUGGAUCGGGUGGAUGAAGAAAAUGGCCACAGAUCUGGAAUACACCAGGGUAAAAGUAGAAGAAGAGGACAUGGUGUUAGAACUCACCAUGGGCCUUGGAGGACACUAUGACCAGCUCGUAGUCAUGCUCGACUCAAUCUCACCUGAACAGCUCACAGUCAGAAGUGUUACAAUAAGACUUCUAAAUAAAAAGACCCACCAGAAGGAUGCAGAGGAUGACCGAGAUGUGGUGGCCAUGAUGGCUAAGGCUGGAAAAGGGAAGUGGAAGGCAGCUGCAGGGGGUGAGAAGCAUAAGUGCUUCAAGUGCGGAGAAAUAGAGCAUGUACAGAAAGACUGCCCGACUAAGUCAGAUGAUGGCAAGGAUGAUGAGGAGGAUGUGAAGGCCAAGGUGGCAUAUACUGACAGCCACAUUCACCUAUUCUGA